AUGCUCGCCUACAGAUCGUCAACUGACCCAUUUGAUGAGUAUGUACGGAUGAGUGGGUCUACCGUAUCUCAAACUUUACGCCAUUUCACUAGGGCAGUUAUUUCGGCCUUCGGUCCUACUUACUUGCGCCAUCCCACCUCUAGUGAUAUUCUACGUAUUCUUGCUCAUUCAGAGCGGCGCGGCUUUCCGGGUAUGCUUGGUAGCAUUGAUUGCUGUAAAUGGACUUGGAAAAGUUGCCCUACGGCAUGGCACGGACAAUAUCAAAGGAAGGAAGGGGUUGCCGCUGUCACACUCGAGGUUAUUGCUGAUCACUCGCUCUGGAUCUGGCAUGCCUUUUUCGGCAUGCCGGGUUGUAACAAUGACAUCAACGUUCUCGACGCAUCGCCACUUCUAAAUAAUAUCGCAAAUGGUAGCUACCCUCCUCCUGUUGAGUACAAUUUAAUGGAAAACGUACGCAACAUUCCCUACUGGCUGGUAGAUGGUAUAUAUCCGAAAUGGCCCGUAUUUGUUCAUACGUUGUCCGAACCAUUGACAGAGAAAGAAAAGUGUAUGACUCGGAACCAAGAAGCUGCGCGAAAGGACGUCGAGAGAGCUUUCGGGGUGUUACAGUCAAAAUGGAACAUAAUUGCUCGUCCUGGGCGAUUCUGGAGCACAGAUUUCUUGCAUGACGUCAUGCAGUGUUGCAUUAUCCUUCACAACAUGUGUGUGGAAGACAGAGGGUAA